ACAAUUCAUAAAAUGAAAUCGUCCUGACCAUCCGGCCGACCACCGCCAUUACAUAACCACGACUCGCUCCUCACAUCUUCCCUCUCAGUAAGCGCAAGAGAAAUGAAAGUAAAGAAAACAGUGUCACGUAGAUCUUGGAUUGAGGAAACACUCCUCAAAAGAGAAUGUGUGAAGUUCAUCCCUUCCUCCCGGGAUAUGCACAGAUGUGUCCCAGUAUGUCAAGUAUGCCAGAAUCUAAUCAGAUGCUGUUGCGGCCUCCUGAUGGGGGAACACUCGUUGGGAGGUUCAUCUCCUCCCAUUUCCUUCUGUCCCGGGCCUGGGGAGGAGAUGGAGGAGGAUUGGUCGGUGGAGUGCCACACCAAGGCUAGUCCCACCAAUGCGUACGGGACCAUAGACUUCCAGGACAGCGCUGCACGUGCCUGUAGGGCUAAGUAUGCCCGGGUGGCAGUAGACUCAAAGCCAGAGGCGCUGCUCCAGUUGAUGCUAAGGGAGUGGCAGAUGGAGAAACCCAAGCUGCUAAUCACUGUCCAAGGUGGCUCUGAGAACUUCACUCUCCCCCCUAAAGUCAAGCAGGCCUUCAGCAAGGGACUGGUCACCGCAGCCCUCAGCACAGAGGCGUGGAUACUCACUGAUGGAAUUAACAUUGGUGUGUCCAAGUAUGUGGGCGACGCAGUGAAAAGAUUUGGGAGCCAUAACCUCAGAAAGAGAAACACAGUGGGGAUCAGCCCGUGGGGAGUGAUUGAAAACAACGCUGACCUUAUCGGCAGAGAUGUAUUCAAACCGUAUCAGCCGCUGGGGAACCCCUUGAGUAAAAGGGCCUGCCUUAAUGGUUUCCACUCCCACUUUCUGUUGGUGGAUGAUGGGACUCUGGGAAAACAUGGCUGCCAGCAAGGCCUCAGAAGGAGGUUGGAGAAACACAUCCAACUGCAGCGGAUACACCCUAGACUGAACCAAGGUGUGCCAGUGGUGUGUGUGGUUGUGGAGGGAGGCCCUGUGGUUGUGUCCACAGUAUUGGAGUAUGUUAGUAGUGUUCCCCCUGUGCCAGUGUUUGUCUUUGAGGGAUCAGGAAGAGCUGCUGACCUGCUAGCCUUUCUACAUAAGCAAACCGCUAUGGACAGGCAGCUGGAUCCUGACAUUCAAGAGGACUUCCUUGUUAGGAUUGGAAAUGUGUUCGGAGUAGAGAGGCCAGAGGCUUCUCAUCUCAAUGGUCUUCUCCAGGAGUGUAUGGCUCACAGACAGUCUAUCACAAUCUUUGACUCGGAGUCAGAAGACCAACAGACACCAGAUUCAGCAAUUUUGACCACUACACUCAAGGGCACCAAGGCCAGUCCCGCAGAGCAGCUGAGCAUGGCGUUGGCGUGGGACAGAGCGGACAUUGCUCAGAAACAUGUCUUGGUGUAUGGACAACACUGGCAGGUAGGAUCUCUGGAGCAGGCUAUGUUGGACGCUCUACAGAUGGACCGUGUCGGCUUUGUCAAGCUGUUGAUCGACAACGGCAUGACCAUGGGCCACUUCCUUACCGUGGAUCGACUUGAGAUGCUCUAUAACACGGGACUAGCAGACAGUUUCCUCCACCACCUUGUUGAAGACGUGAAGCAGGCCUCUCUGCCACGAGGUUACCAUCUAUCUCUCAUUGACAUGGGCUUACUGAUAGAGUACUUGAUAGGAGGAGCUUACCGCAGGACACAGAAAAACUUCAGGCUGGCCUACAGCCGCCUGCAUGCCCAGGGCAGGGCAAGUGGUCAACACAGUUCUGGAUCCCCAAUGACAAGGCAGAGGGGACUGCCAUUAAAUUCCAAGAGGAGCAGAAGUCCCCAGCGCCUCCAUUUCUUCAGAACUGCUCAACCCUACAAACACGAGGAAAGCGGUGCGUCGCGUGGAACCGUCAAAACGACCUUGACCACUGACCUCGCUAAUGUCUUGCUGCAAGUGCACUUUGACUUCGAUGACCUUUUCGUGUGGGCGGUGCUGCAGCGACGGCAGCAGAUGGCGUUGUUCCUGUGGCAGCAUGGCGAGGGCGCGUUGGCGCGUGCCACAGUGGCCUGUAAGCUCUACCGCUCCAUGGCUCGUGAAGCACGGCAGAGCAGCGUGGACGACAACGUUGCAGAGCAGCUCAAAACAUAUUCACUCGAGUUUGGACAGCUGGCGGUGGAUGUAUUAGACUACGCUUUCCGACAGAGCGAGCAGAUGGCCAUGAAACUGCUGACCUCAGAGAUGGAUGUAUGGAGCCACUUCACCUGUUUGCAGAUGGCUGUUUCCUCAGGUCACAGACCAUUUGUCUCACAUUCCUGCACUCAGACCCUGCUCACCGAUCUCUGGACUGGCCCUCUCAACAUGAGAAAGAACUCUUUUCUGAAGAUCAUCUUGAGCCUGCUGCUGCCCCCUGCUAUCCUUCUACUGGAGUUUAAGAGUAAGGCUGAGAUGUGCCAUGUACCACAGUCCCAUGAGGCAAUGCUCUUUGGACGCGAAUCUGUGAAGUCAGUGGAAACCAAUGAGGAAAGAGGGGACACUGGCAGUGAGGAAACAGAGCAAGGCUUGCCACGUCAUGACAGGUGUCUGGGACGACUAUCACAAUCUGUCUCCUCUUUGACGUCGCGGUGUUUCUCCUUGAACAGGAGGCUCUAUGAAUUUUACACCACUCCUGUUGUCAAGUUCUGGUUCCACACAAUAUCCUACUUAGCCUUCCUGAUGUUGUUCUCUUAUACUGUCCUGGUGAAGAUGGAGGACUGGCCCAGUGUUCAGGAAUGGCUGGUUAUAUCAUACAUCCUGUCCACCGCCGUGGAGAAAAUCAGAGAGGUGCUGAUGUCAGAACCAAGGAAGCUGAGCCAGAAGCUGAAGAUUUGGUUCUCAGAGUACUGGAAUGUAUCAGAUUUCAUUGCCAUCCUCCUCUUCCUUGUCGGACUGGUGUUACGUUGGCAUGGAGACUCCUACCGAACGGCUGGGCGCAUUAGCUACUGCCUCGACAUCAUCUUCUGGUUCGUCAGGAUGAUGGAUCUGUUGGCAGUAAACCGGCACGCUGGACCUUACCUCACUAUGAUCACUAAAAUGACCAGCAACAUGUUCUUCAUCGUGGUGAUGAUGGCAAUUGUGUUGCUGAGUUUUGGAGUGUCCAGAAAGGCCAUCCUAUCUCCGAGUGAAGAGCCGUCUUGGAGCCUAGCCAGGGAUAUCGUCUUCAAGCCUUACUGGAUGAUGUUUGGAGAGGUGUAUGCUGGAGAGAUAGAUCCAUGUGCUAAUGAUCAGCAGUGUCCACCUGGCUCCUUUCUUACAAUCUUCCUCCAGGCUGUGUAUUUGUUUUUUCAGUACAUCAUCAUGGUCAACAUCCUCAUUGCAUUCUUCAACAAUGUCUACUUUGACAUGGCAUCAACAUCCAAUAAGCUAUGGAAGUACAACCGCUACCACCUCAUAAUGACCUAUCAAGAGAGGCCAUGGCUGCCACCGCCAUUUAUCAUCCUCAGCCACCUGGCCCUGGUUCUGAGUGCCAUCCAGAGGAGACUCAGUGGAGAGUCUGAACAGGUGGAGAGAGGCUCUGGGCUCAAGCUAUACCUAGGGCGUGAUGAUCGUAAGAAGCUCCAUGAAUUUGAGGAGCAAUGCGUGCUGGCGUACUUCCUUGAGAAGAAAGAGGGUCUCCACAGCAGUACGAUCAACAGGAUCAGAGCCACUGCUGAGAGAGCUGAGGAGAUGUGCAUGAUGGUGGGGGAGGUCUCAGAGAAGGUCCACUUCAUCCAGGAAAGUUUGUCAAUGUUGGAUGGUCAGCUCGGUCAACUUCAGGACCUGUCAGCUCUGGCUGUAGACACCCUCACCCUGCUCUCUGUCUCCAACAAUCAUCAUCAGGAAGACGUACGCCUGGCCCAGUGUCGACAAGCCAAACCGUCUUGCCAGCUUCAACCACACAGCUGGACCCUCCCCUACAGAGGUGGGGGACAUGGAGAUGUCAUCACCACGUGGCGAGUUUCGGCCAAGGCAUGCAGAAGUACUCCACCUUCGCUACUGAGGAGUGUUACUCCAACAACAAGCAGACUGGACUGCCAUGGUGUAGCCAGAGGGGGCAGGGAGAAAAGGCCCGGACACACUGAGGAGGGGGAGGCAGGAGAGCAGGAGGAAGCGCCAUCUGCUGAUGCAUAUCAUAACAGUGAGAUGUGUCAGGGUGGUUACCUAUGUGCACCCCGGGGUUCUCUCCUUCACCUUCCUGGAGGGAGCUGGACUGUUGGUGGUCACAGGGAACGAAGCCCCUGUGAAUCCCGUGGGGCAUCGCCCUGUGGUUCUUCCCCUGUCCCCUGGCCUGGAGAUGGAGGUUUGGAGUACCACCACCACAAAUUAUGGACUGGUGACCCACACCUGUACCCAAGCCAGGAGGAGACUUCCAUGGAAGAAGAAGAAGAAGAAGAGGAGGAGGAGGAGGAGGAGGAGGGAGAAGAACAGGAAAAGAAAAAGGAAAAGGAACAGCGGUCUGAUUUGAAUUUAUCCAGAACCUCCAGUCAUGCCAUGAUGCUGUCUGACCCUCAGGACAUGCCUGAGGGUUUAGUAAACCCUGCUUUCUGUCUGGAUGAUAAUCAUUCAAGGCAGCGACCCAAACACACCAGCUUCUUGGGAAGAACCGGGAAAUCCCCUAGGCUGUCCAGGGCCCCUCCCAUUGGUCACUGUAGGUCUCUGUCAUCCAGUGUGGAAAAUAUUACUUUCUCUGGUGCGCCCCUCAGUCCACUGCGGGGAUCGUUCCCCUUUCUUGAUGGACCAGUGAACAGUGACAGUUUGUCGGGAGGGAGGGGUCUUAAAGAUGAUGCCAUACUUCAGAGCAGCAGUAGCCGAGAGUUGUCUGACUCCUCUGAUGUCAGUCAGGUCUCAGGAAGCAAAGGGAGAUGCCAGAUCAGGAAGACAGUCAAGAUACAGGUGGAAUGCUCAGAUGCUAUGAGCAAGAAUCCCCCAGUGUCUGAUACACACUGGAAGAAGAGCAGGAGAUUGAUAGGAGGACAACUUACCCGUUGGUCUGCUUCAACCAGCCUCAGCCAGCUCAAUUUCGAACCCGUGGAGUUGUUGAAAAAAGACGCCUUCUCAUUUCCGGAUCUGCAAAGCCUCACUCAGUCAGUAUGGAGCAGUUGGGCCAGAUCUGUGAGUCGCAGGUCCUCCGUGCAGAGUGGGAUUGCUUCUGAAGCCAAAAGCUCCUCAUUCCACUUGAACGAUGUUCUGUAUCCUCACUACUCAGCGGUGGAGAGGAACAAUCUGAUGAGGCUGGCACACACCAUCCCAUUCACUCCUUUUUCCAUUCUGGCGGGCGAAGAGGUAAGCGUCUAUUUUUUGGAAGAGGUGCCCUGUGAUACCAACCCAGGAUCUGGCUCCAAUUACAGUUACAACUGCGGUACUGUCUCCACCUGGUCGUCACAAGGUCUUUCUGCCAUGCUGGCGCCGCUCUCCAGUGAAGAGGGUUCGCUGGAUGGGGGUCUUUGCAGGGGCACUAGGGUGCUCUGCACUUGGGCCGAGGGGGAGGUUCUCAGACCCGGUCUGGUGUACGUGGUCAAAGCGUUCAGGCCUGAAGUGGUUUGUGCCUGGCAGAAGUACUUCCACGGUAGCACUGCACUGCAGCUUUGUCUAAGGGAGAGUCAGCAGCAGAGAGCAGCCCAGAAGAUGAUGGAUGUUUUCAACCGGGUCAAACCUAAGGACAUACAGUGGUCUCCCAGAUUUCUGGAUGUCUCUCUUGUCCUGUGGCAUUCAAAUGGCCAGUGGCUAACUAUUGAGAAGAACAUAUCUGGAGAGUUUAGCAAGUACAACAACAACACAGGGGAAGAGAUUGUGCCUCGGUGCUCACUGGAGGAAACACUUCUCGCCUUUUCCCACUGGACCUAUGAAUACUCCUGUGGAGAGCUACUGGUAUUGGAUAUACAAGGUGUAGGAGAGGAGCUAACUGACCCAUCAGUCAUCAGGGCGGAAGUCCAAAGCAGCAACAGUAAUGUUUCCAGUAGCUGUGGUGGCGAGGUGCCAUUUGGUCCCGACAACUUGGGAGAUGCUGCCAUCAGCAACUUCCUGCAGAAACAUACUUGCAAUACCUGCUGUCACAGACUGGGAGUUGUGGAUUUAAGGAGAGGUUUGGACAGCCGUGAAAGCAGCGGUGGAGCAGAGACGGCGUCAGUAGAAGAAGAAGAGGACGAUGAAACCAGAAUGUAACCUUUGACCCAGGAAGUAUUAAACACAUGCAUUCCUACGUGGUCACGUGCACACAUAUAUGUUUUCCUGUGAAAAUAUAGGGAAGGUGAUUUUUGUCUUCACUAGCCAGAAGUCUAGCCUUGACUAAUGCCAAAGUAAUUUCAAGACUAAACUUUUAGACUAUUGGCAACACCCAACAUUGAAUAUUGCAAAAUAUGUGAAUUACUGGUGUCAGAUAUCAUCACAAGUGGAAGUUUAUUGAUAUUUUUGUGGGUGUGGAAACCAGAAAUUGUUUAUUUCUACCAGAGAAGUUGACUCUGAGCAAAUUCAGAUUCUAUCGAAGGGGUUAAUGUGAGGAGGGAGGAAGUCCCAUUUAGAAAGAGUGCCACUAGGUAUCACAAUACCAGACAAUUCUGAACAUAACAGAUUCAUAUAGGAUCCAAUUUGAAUUAUAAGACUUGAUGGAAAUCUUUGCUACUCCUUGUGGAUGGCUCAUUGAUAUUUUUCAUUUGAUAAGGCGAUAUUAAUGAGUGAAUACCAUUUUAUACGGUUAAUUUUUUUUUUCUAUUUGCCAAAAAUAAAAUAUAUUGAAACAUAUUCAAACGAUGUCUGUUGAAAACAGAAGAAAACCACAAAGGCGAUGAUGCACCCAUAAAAUUUCAUUUAUUUUUCUUCCCACAACAAAAUGUCUACAAAAGCGAUAAAAUAUAGAUUUUAACAAAAAUCACUUCAGACCUUCACAUUGUAUGUACACGUCAAAGAGGAGACACCGAGGGCUUUGCGCCGUUCUGAACUUCACUCCAUGCUGAUCCACCGAAUGAGAGUAUUUGUAGCUCUAAUAAAUACACACAUGCACAUGCACAACCUCUGGCACGCACGCACGCACACACGCACGCACACACACACACGUUUCCUCUUUUUGCCUCUCCCAGGCACAUGCUCGUCGUACCUGUGCACGUGAAAAUGACCGCUGUUGCUACAGAAGAGCUGUGAGGAUCUUGAGUGGAGUCAAAGUUCAGAGUUCAGCAGAGUCCCUUCUCACCAAAUGGAAAAAAAAAAGCAAAGUUUAAUGUAAUCAAAUGCACACACAUUUGCCUUGGGAGUGCCCCCCCCCUUUUUUUUUUUGAUUGGCUCUUAAGUAAACUCACACAGUAAAGCAUCUACGUCCCGUUCUGCCAAUCCUCCCUCUCCUCACUAGCUAUGGCACUUUGAAAAAAAAGAAAAAAAGAAAGAUUCUUUUUUGUUUCGUUUUAUUAGUUCUGUGUAAAAGAGGUUCUGUAGCC